UGUUUCUUAUUGUUUUCCCUCCCACUCAACAUUAAUCAGCUCCCACUUUACCGGACUAUGAAGGAGUUGAUGCGUCUCUCAAUGAAACUGCUACUACAAUAACUGUGCUCUUGAGACCAGCACAGGCCAAAGGUGCUCCUAUCAGUGCCUACCAGAUCGUUGUUGAGGAGCUGCACCCGCACCGAACGAAGCGAGAGACAGGUGCCAUGGAAUGCUACCAAAUCCCCAUCACCUACCAGACGGCUCUCAGUGGGGGAUCACCAUAUUACUUUGCUGCUGAGCUGCCCCCUGGAAACCUGCCGGAGCCUGCCCCUUUCACUGUGGGUGACAACAGGACCUACCAGGGUUUCUGGAAUCCACCACUGGCUCCUCGGAAAGGCUACAACAUCUAUUUCCAGGCCAUGAGCAGCGUUGAGAAGGAAACCAAAACUCAGUGUGUUCGAAUAGCUACCAAAGAUACAUUGCACAGGGAACCUGUUUUUUGCAUGCAAACAUUCCUGUAUUAAUUUAAUUAGUCUUUGAACAUUUUGGUUUUUAAUUAGUAACUUUGUAAGAGGAAAUAGACUAUUGUGGUAUGUUAAAAAUCAACAAUCAGCAUGAGAGA